UAGGCAUAAGAAACGAACAAUACGAAGAAUUCAGGGAGAGAGGUGCUUUUUCUCAAAUACUUGCUCUUUGCCUUUUUAGCCCUGUUAUUCACUGCGCCUCAGACUUCUCUCGGACGCCCAUUAUUCCUCGUGAUCCUGCCUUCUCCUUGAUCCUUCAUUAUCGCCCUCCCCUUUGACUCCUGAUGUUCGAUUUUCCAUCCGUCCCCCUACUGUGACGAUCGCCCCAAUGACUGGACGAAUAUAGGCACCAGGGUUACUGUUUCUUGGAUACUAAUGAAAACAGUCCCCAUCGCGUCUGCUGGUAGUGAAGGAGAAGCGGUUGGUGGCUGCAUUUUUGUAAAAGGAGAUUCACGAUUCCUUGAAGUUUUCUUUUGUUCUGAACACCUCCAGCUACGAUGAGUGGCAAAGACAAAGAGGCAUCAGACAACAAGCUGAGUGCAACCCUGUCUGUGAGAUGGGUGCAGGGAUUCCCUGUGAAGAAUAUUGCUUUUAUCAACAGCACCACAAUUUGCUACCCUUGUGGGAAUUUUUUAAUUUUUGUGAAUAUGGAAAAAAAGAAAAGGACUGUUCUACAGUGUACAAAUGGAAAAGUGGGUGCUGUGGCAACUAAUAUUCCUUAUGAAGUGGUGGCUUUUUCAGACCGGAAGCUUAAACCCUCCAUCUACAUAUACAGCUUUCCUUCAAUGACCAAAAGGGCCAAAUUAAAAGGGAAUGCUCAACUGGACUACACCUUACUUGAAUUUAGUUACUCUGGAAUAUACCUGGCUAGUUACUCUGCAAUUCCAGAACAUGAAGUAACACUAUGGAAUUGGGAGACAAAAGUCAUUUUGUGUAGAAGAUCACAACCAGGUAUGGAAGUAAGCCAGAUGACAUUUAACCCCAUGAACUGGCGCCAACUGUGUCUAUCCAAUACAAAGUUUGUAACUAUAUGGAAUAUUGAAAGAUGCAAUACGGAUCAUUAUUUUAAACCCAAGCCAGUAAAUCUUCCUACAGAGGAUGGGACUUUUAUAAAGGAAUUUGAAGGAUUGUUCUCCCAAGGGCUCAAGGAUCCUUUCUAUGGACCCGUACUACCACUUUCUGCUGUUGCUGGGCUAGUUGGUAUAGAAGCAGAAAACUUCAAGCCUAAAGAUCAUUUUCGUCCCUUGCUUCAUCCUAUUGCACACUGUUGGAACUCAACAAAUGACCUCUAUGUUUGCUGCGAAGAGGGUCAUAUUCUAUUCAUUAAUGGAGAGAAUCUACUUGUCACUAUUCUGUCACCAUCACCAGAAAACCAUUCCAAACUUGAAAGAAUCAACACCAUGGCAUUUUAUAAAGAAGGACUGUUUGUUUCUGGAAAUGAUGGCACUUUGCAUUCUAUUACUAUCAAGGAAAAUAACUACACUAUAAAGGACCACAUCAGUGUACAUGCCUCUGUGAAGAAUAUUGUAUUUUCUCCGGAUUAUACACAAAUACUACUUCUAACAGAAAAUGGAUCUGUUUUUUACUAUACUUUUGAUGAAAAGACAAAAAUUGAAACAAUAUUGGAUGCAUCUGGUGGCAAUAUACAGGCAAUCGACUUUGUCACACUUGGAAACCAAUACUGCAUGUCAAUAAGCAUUUUAGGAGAAUUUUGUAUUUGGUUGAUAGAAGAUGGAUCUCCUGUCAGUAGAUUAUGCCUUAAGACAGAGGUAAAUGAUAUGGCUUCCUGCCCCUCUUCGCUUUCAGUGGCUGUGGGUACCACUGAAGGAUCUAUGCUGUUCCUUGACAUUUCUACUCUCCAAUCCCCUCGACUUGUUCACAAAAUCCUCCUGACCAAUUCUUGUAUACAGCAUGUGCGUUAUGAUCAACGUGGUUUGUUUUUGAUAAUUGGAACAUCUGAUAGACAUAUCUUCUUAUUAAGUUCCAAAGCCUCAGAAACAUUCAGGAUUAUUGGAUUUACAGAGGUGAGUGCUAACAUUUUACAAAUAUGUACAGUUUGUGUUUGGGGAACUAACAAAAUUCAAGUUAUGGUCCUUGAAGAAUCUUCAGAAAAUGAAAGAAGCAAGCUAGAAAUGUUCACUCUGACUGAUGAAAUCUUAGCAGAUGCUGCCAAAUAUAGUGAUGAAAGAGGGAGACUGAAAAAUGAAUUAUUUGCAAGGACCCUGUAUGAAAUACAUCAUCCCUUAUCCUCUGCUGUCUUGGAUUUCGAUUGUGAAAAAAUAUAUGGCUUUUGUAGCCAUGUGCCAUAUAUCUGUACCUACAGUAUUCCUAAAAAGGAUAGUGAAGACAUAGUUCUCAAAAUAGAGAACAAAAUGCCAAGUAAACAUUAUGGAACUGGAAUGCUGUAUCUGUCUUUUCAUGGCCGGUGGCUGGCAUCAACAGCUAAAGAUGGAAUACUGAGCAUCCGUGAUAGUAAUAGUUUGGAACCAUUUGCCAGGGCACGGUGCCAUUCUUACCAGGGAAAAGGAAUUCAGUCAAUCAAAUUUUCAUUAGAUGGCCAAUCUAUACUAGUUAAUGGUAAAGAAGAUGGUGCCCUUGUUUGCCUGAAAUGGAAGAGUUUGAGAGGACAUCUAAUUCACCAUGCUACUGAAUAUUUUCAGGCCUUUGUACCAUAUUUGAAUAGGAACAUUUUAGAGCAAAAUGUAUCUUUAUACUACAUGACAGAUGUUCAGCUCUUUUUGGAUUCACUCCAUGAAGAUCCAUUAUAUUACAUAAAGAAGCCAUUUCCCCAAGCUAACUAUGAAGAUGAAACUACUUGGUUACAAAGGAAAAAUGAAGAGGCCACCAAAAAAGAGAUCAAAGAGUUUAGUAAAAAAAAGAAGGAACUAAAAGAAGAAAUCAAAACUUUAACUAAAACUAUUCAGGCUAUGAUGAAUGAAAAUGAGUUGGCAUCUGAGAUUGCACAAUUAGAGCAACAGGAAUUCAGUCUAGAUGUUGAAGAAAUGGAAAGGCUUCAUUAUGAAGGUGAAGAAGAACUGGAAAAGAUUAAAAAGGAAACAGAAAUGGAAAAUCUAGCUAAGAAGUAUUUAUGUCACAUUUUGAAAGAAGAAUGCUGGCACUCCAUGCACAUAAAAGGCCGAUCACUUAAGCUACGGAAGGAAAUUGUAGAAGUUCAAUCCACAGCUUUAAGUAAAAAGGAACCUGAAGAGGAAGAGGAGGAGGAAGAGGAAGAAGAGAGAAAAAAAAAGAGAGAGAGCAACUUAAUCAAUUACUUUCUUGGCAGCUUAAGUUCUGAGCUUGGUGCAGACACAAGUAUGUUAUAUAACCAAUUAGAACUUCAUACCAGAGAAGAGAAAAUCAACCAGAUUGUAUUACUAAAGGACAUUAUUUACAACAUCAAAACUGAAUUUAAUAAAGACUUUGAUAUUGUAUAUCAACAAAAAGAGUUGGAAAUAACACGUGUGAAUGAAAGAAAUACACAUAUUCAAGAAAUUAUUACAGAAUUAGAUCUUGGGGAACAGAUAUGGCAACCAGUAUUUGAAGACUGUGAGAAGCCAGAGAGGAUUCUAGUUGUAGAAGAUCAUGAGAUUAAAGUUGAAAGAAUCCUUACCCCAUGGGAGAAAGAACAAGCAGCAUUAGCUGAAGCCCUUGAACGGGAAAGACGUCGUUUAAGUCAGAGGGAUGAUGAAAGACGUCGAGCUUUGAUGGACAUGAUGGGUGGAGUUCUAGAAGUCAAGAAAGAAGAUAUUUUGAGGAUGGUAAUUCCUCAGCCUCCCUGUAUGGCUAAACCUGAUACUCUAUGGACUGAAGAAGAAAAGAAAAUAAUCAAAGAAUAUGAGAAAAAAGUCAAAGAUUUAAACGAGGAAAGAGAGAAAUAUAAAAAGUCAUUGGAUGCUGAAUUAAGGAAGCUUCAAAACUCUAUUCAAGAAACAACACAAAUUUUCGAUGGUCAUUUGGCAAGACUCUUUCAAAGGAAGGUGAAAUGUGAUAUGGUUAUCAACCAGGAGGAAUUAAAAAUAGCCAGCCUUACUUUUUCUUUACUGCUAGAUGAAGAACUACUAACAAGAGAAAUAGAAUUGAACAGCGUUCUUGAAAGAAAACAAGAAGAAAAAAAAUUCACUACAGAUGAAAUCUACAAAGCUCGUGAAGAACUUGAUACAUACAGGGAAAAUUAUGACAACUUCCUUAUAGAAGACAAAGUUCUGGAGCGGGGAUUUAAAAAAGAGUUUGCUGAGCUUCAUGGUCAUCUGGUUGAAACACUCUACAAACAGUACAAACGCCGACCAAGGCUGCUGAAGCAAAAGCAAGCAGAGGUUGCUAGCCCUUUUGGAGAACGGCUAGGGUCUGUCCAAAUUCAGAAGGAGAACCUUGCCCAAUUAAUGAAUGGCAUGGAAGAGCUGGAUAAUCCAAUUAAUAUGCCAGAAGGCAUAGAACCUCCAGUCUGGACGCAUUUAUGUGCUCUAAGAAGAACAAAAGUGGAAAGCGAACAAAAAAUAAAGCAAAAAGCGCUUGUUAUGCUGGAAAUGCAGACCUUCCUCCAGAAAAGAACUGAGGAUGAUGAGAAGGUGCAAAUGGACAUAGAAAAAGUUUUCCAGGAACUCAUCAUAUUACAAGAAGAGAAAAUGCAUUUUCAGCUGGAUUUGACAGUUCAACUCUUGCUUACACAAGGACAAGUGGAACUGGAAAAUUUCCAAUUUCUAUUCAAUUUCACAGACUCCAUUCUCAUUAACAGGGUUAUAGUUGAAGAUAUAAAUAGUAUAAUCCGGUCCCAAGGUCAAAAGAAAGUUACCAGUAUGGUAGAAAGUAAGGAUUUCCACAAAGGAAUAUAUCAGAUUGAAUGGGAACAUAAGAAAAUGCAGAUGGAAAUGGAAGAUUUAAACCAAAAGGCUUGGGAUAUUCAGAUGCUGUUUCUUUCAAGAGAUCGUCAAAAGUUUCUAAACGAACCAAACUAUGAGCUCCUGAUUGGCUACCAAAUUGCUAUGAUGGAACAGAAUAUGAUUACUAUAGAUAAGGCUCACAAAAGAGAGGUGGAAGCCUUCAAAAAAUUAUUCAAGCAACUAGGAAAAUUUAUCACCCAAAGAGAUUUAGCAAAUUAUACUCUAAGUUGUGAACUACAAGAAGAGUUGGUGACCAUCAGCGAAAGAAGAAAAAUCUGUACAUCACUUGGAGCUAAGCUGACUUGUGAAAAGAUUGCCGUGGAACGUUAUGAUGCUAUGUUGCAACAACAAAAGCUAGUAGAUAUUUCAAGAAGUCAAGCUGAACAGAUUACAAUUUUACAGGCAGAAGUUGAAAGACUAAGAAUGAAAACAUUUCCUGCACUUGUUCAAAUGUAGAAAUCCUGAUAGAAAACAUGAAGACAUCACAUAUUUUAAAGUCUGCUCUCAUUUUCUUAAAAUUUCUUUUCUCCAGUGACAAAAAAAACUAAAUACUCUUAACUUACCAGCCCCUCUUUCUAUCCCGUAAUUGAAAAUCUUUGGGCCUUCCCAAAAAGUUGUAGAAUCAUAAGUUUUGUCCUGCACAAAUAAAAGUGUUAUAUACCUUGAA